UAGGAGUAUUUUGCAAUUUACUUCAACCAGAACAGUCGCGAUAUCAAGAAAAAAUGGCGUUAUUUCGCUUUUGGGCAGUGGUUGUAUUACUCUUUGUUCCGGAAUCGUAUGGAGGAAUUUCACCAGUUCAUGAUUUUAAAGAAAAACUAAUUAUUGGCUCAAAAAACGCAGGUGAAAGACUUUUACUAACCUCGCCUCAUAAUGCAUUGAAACAUUUAGAUAAUGCUAUUUCAAAGAAUACUAAAAAUGUUACUCAAAAUCCGGAGAUGGACGACAAUCUUUAUCAGAUUUCAAAGGAUAUGGUUUCAGCAAUUCUAUCAAAAUUGGAAAUUCAAGACAAAAUAACGAGAGUUACUAGAGAAGCAUUGGAGGCUCCUGGCCGAAACAAGGGGAUCACAGCCAUUGAGACCAGACGCAUUUUGGAUUAUAUUUCCAGGACGCUAUCUGGGCAUAUACUUAGCAUAACAAGGGCAUCAACUGAACCAGAACUUCAUCGAUUGGUAUAUGGUCUAGCUCAAAUUGCAGCAGAAGUGUCAAUUGUAUCAGCUUUAAAAGAUACUACUUAUGCAGCAGCACUUUCUAAGAAGCAAUCAGUUGAUCUAAAUUUACGUAAAAAGCGGUCAGUCGCAUCUUCAUCAAACAAUGCCUUGGUUACUCCAUCUCCUGAUGUCUCAGUGACAACUGUGUAUAACGCAAUACUAAACAAAACAUCUCCCCUAAAGGUUGUAAACAACACGCCAUCUUCUUCAGUUUUUCCUUCGCCAUUCUCCGUUAUAUCCAGAAAUGAGAAAAAGCCUGUUCAUGUCAUCUCUAACAACAAACAAUCGCAGGGACAAACGAAAGGGUUCUUAAAUCAAACAGUUUUGGAUAUGGAAAAUAAGGAGCAAGAAACUAAUGAAACGGACCCAAUAGUUUUAGACAAAUCAAUAAAUGCAACUCAUUACACGAGAGAUACACAAACAUUGGACACCCAAGAACUAACUGCACCUGGUCUAAUAGAUGAUUGGAUAGACUCUAAAGAAAAUAUUUAUAAGCCUUCAUUAAACCCUGACAUUGUAGCCGAUAUAGAGAUAGACCAGCCCGAAUUUGAAGAGGAAACUGGUAAUGAAAAGAGAACUAAACAAAAACUAGAGAGGUUGGAAGUAAAGGCGAAAAAAGCUAUUCUGUAUGCCGGAGAUGUGGCUUAUUUGACUGCAGCAAGCGUUGUUGCCUUAAGACGUGCUCUAACUGCUUCCAUUGAAGUCCAAAUGUCUGUAAGAUACGCCAAAAAUGGCAUGUCAAAUCACCAGGACCUGAUGAUGAAUCUAGCAAAGACAGCUGCACAACAAGCAGGGAAGGAAGCUAAGAGCGCUACUUCAAAAUCUUUAGCAUGUGAGCGAGUAAUUAAACUGGCACUUAAGUACACAGCUCAGUCUCAUGGAGCCAAUUUGAACCAUGUAGCUAACAGGAUUGUGAUGGACACGCUGUCUUUAGCAACAUUGGCAAAAUCUAUGGCGUUCGUGUCUUCAGAUAUAGCAAUUAACUCCUUGUAUCAAGCGACGGACGUGAAACAACCAACUAAGAAGUAAGUAGAGUGCACAUGAUUGCUUGCUGUUAUAGUUCUUAUUCUCCUCUAAAUGUUAAUAACAUUGUAAUGGCAGUUUUAGAAUAA